AACAACCAGUUUAUUACUCUAUUAUCAGCAGAGAGAAGAAACUGCUCUGAACUUAACUCUCCUGAACAUUCAUUUUGGCCAUAAACUGAUUAGACAAAUGAAAUGUUUCACACAGCCCAAAGUGUUAGCUUGGAGCCAGAACACAUUAAUAAGGCUUUGAGCUCUGGCUAUCAUUGAAAUACACUACAGACACAAGGAGCCUGCACAACACAGAGUUCCUUAUAUGGUAUUGCCAUGACGUAAUGCUCCAUAGGCUUGGGGCAUGCAGAGAGUCUCUCUCUCAUUGUUUGGUGUAACUGCUGGAAUGCUCACAUCCCUGAUGCCUAAGAGAAUCAAAAUCCCAGCACCACGGAGCAAUAGCUAACACAGGGACUCUGCAGUUCAUUCACUGAAGAUUGAAAAAGCUUAUUGAUCAAGACGCAGCCUAUCAGGCAAAAAAAGAAAAGGAAAACAGCAAGAAAAUACACAAAUUGAAGGAGGAGCUGGUAAAACUCAAAUCAUUUGCGUUAAUGGUCGUGGAUGAACAGCAAAGACUCACAGAACAGCUAAGCCUGCAAAGCCAAAAGAUCCAAGACUUGACCAUCACUGCGGAACAAGCUCAUGAGAAACUCUCCACUGCAGAAACAAAAGCUCAAGAAGAGGAGCAGAAAGCUCUCCGGCUGGAGGCAGAACUUCAGGCGCAGUCCUGUAAGGCCUGCCAAGAACAGGAGGUCGCCAUGGCCAAACUAACCAAUGAAGAGAGCCAGAACCGCCAGCUCCGCUUAAAAUUGACAGCUCUCAGUCGGCAAAUUGAUGAACUUGAGGAGACUAACAAGUCAUUGAGGAAGGCGGAAGAAGAACUGCAGGACCUGAGAGAGAAAAUGAACAGAGGGGAAUGUGGAAACUCUACCCUUAUGUCUGAAGUGGAAGAACUAAGGAAAAGAGUACUUGAGAUGGAAGGGAAGGACGAAGAACUCAUAAAAAUGGAAGAACAGUGCCGGGAGCUUCACAAGAAGCUAGAAAAAGAAGCCUCUCAGAGCAAGAACUUCAAAGCAGAAGUUGAUAAACUCAACAAGAGAAUAAUGGAGCUGGAGAAGCUGGAGGAUGCUUUCAGCAAGAGCAAGCAGGAAUGUUACUCUUUGAAAUGCAACCUUGAAAAAGAAAAAAUGUUAACAAAGCAGCUGUCACAGGAACUGGAUGGCUUAAAAGUCCGUAUAGGAGAGCUUGAAACAAUUGGAAGCAAAUUGGAAAAAACAGAGCUCACACUUAAGGAAGAUUUGACUAAACUGAAAUCAUUAACAGUCAUGCUUGUAGAUGAGAGGAAAACAAUGAAUGAGAAAAUAAAACAAACAGAAGAAAAACUACAAACUGCAAAUACACAACUUCAGCUGGAACAAAAAAAAGUUAUGUCAGUCACCGAAAAACUGAUUGAAGAAAGUAAGAAGGCAUUAAAAUCUAAAACUGAUGCAGAGGAAAAAAUGUCCCAUCUCACAAGAGACAGGGAUGAGUUGAAAAACAAACUAAAAGCAGAGGAAGAGAAAGGAAGUGAUCUCUCCUCCAAAAUGAACCUGCUAAGGAAAAAGCUUCAGUCCUUAGAAGCCAUUGAAAAGGAGUUUCUUAAAAAUAAACUUAAGGAAACUACCAAGCCUAGCCCAUCUUUGCAGCAAGAAAACAACAAGAUUAAAGAACUAGCCCAGGAAAUUGAGAGGCUCAAACACAAACUUAAAGAAAUGAAAGCCAUAGAAGAUGAUCUCAUGAAAACAGAGGACGAAUUUGAAUCUUUAGAACGUAGAUAUAUCAACGAACAAGACAAAGCCAGAUUCCUAUCAGAGGAGCUUGAUGUUGUGAAGAGAGAAUUGGCUCGAUAUAAGUUAGCAGAGAAGACAGAAUGCAACCACGAACAGAGAUUAUUCAGGAAACUCAAGGAAGAAGCAGCCAAAUCAGGACACCUUUCAAGGGAAGUAGAUGCACUGAAGGAGAAAAUCCACGAGUACAUGGCAACAGAAGAUUUAAUAUGUCAUCUAAGGGAAGACCAUACAAUCCUGCAGAAGAAACUCACUCACCAAGAAAACAAAAACAAAGAAUUGGGAAGAGAAAUGGAAAUCCUUACUAAAGAACUAGAGAGGUAUCGGCGUUUCAGUAAGAGCCUCAGACCAAGUCUCAAUGGAAGGAGAAUUUCAGACUUGCAAGUUCUCUCUAAGGAAGUUCAAACAGAACCAGCAGACAAUGAACCACCUGAUUACAAGAGUCUAGUUCCUUUGGAACGGGCUGUCAUAAAUGGACAUUUAUAUGAAGAGAGUGACAACGAAGAAGACGACGACAACAAUGACGAUGAGCAAACAAUAUCCUUCAAGUACAAUUCCGCUGUUGCAAAUGCAGUAAACAAUAGUAAACUCUGGAUACCGUGGAUGAAGUCCAAAGAAAGCCAUAUCCAAAAUGGAAAAGUUCUCACCAAGCAGAAUGGAAACUGCAUUCAGCCUGGAAAUUUGGUUCUAAGCCAUACACCAGGCCAGCCUCUUCAUAUAAAAGUUACUCCUGACCAUGGACAAAACACAGCUACCCUUGAAAUAACAAGCCCUACUACAGAGAGUUCCCACUCUUUUACGAGUACAGCUGUGAUACCCAACUGUGGCACACCAAAGCAAAGGAUAACCAUAAUUAAAAAUGGGUCUUUAACGCCUAUAAAAUCUAAAGUAGUUGAUGGUUAUACAAGUCCAGAGCAAGCCAUGCCACCACUCACUAUGUCUGCCUUUGCUACAUCUCAAACACCCGAAUCAUGUGGCUCUGUAACUCCUGACAGGACAAUGUCCCCUCUGGCUCUUACAAGUGCUUCAAGUUCCCCGGAGCAGGUACUUUCACCAGAGCCUCUGGAAACCGGUGACAAGCAUGCUAUCUUUAGAGUAUCCCCUGAAAGGCAGUCGUCCUGGCAGUUUCAAAGAUCUAACAGUUCUGGUUCUAGUGUGAUAACUACUGAAGAUAAUAAAAUACAUAUUCACUUAGGAAGCCCUUAUGUUCAAGCUAUUCCUAAUUCAGCAAAAAACAUUAGCCCUUGCACCACAGUGCAGGAUAGCAGAAGUCCAGCAUUAGCUAAUGGAACACCAACUAAAGCUAUCAACAAAAUCACCAGCAGCAUCACUAUUACACCAACAGCCACUCCUCUCCCACGGCAAUCACAAAUUACAGUAAGUAAUGUGUAUAACUGACCCUCCCUCGCUGUGUUGACUUACUUACUUACUUACCACCAAUACAAACUUAUACUCUCCGUCCUGGCAAGAGAGAUUUGGACUAUUUUAAUUAGAACUUUGUGAGAAUUCCUUGCAUGUGGUCCAACAACAGCAUACAGAACUAACAUGAAGACCCGUCUCUUUAAACAUAUAUAAAGUGUGCACUUACUGUAUUACCUGUUCAUUUAAAUAACUUUUUGUAAGACACUUAAGACUUGCACUUGUAUAAAUGCAUCUUUGUGUAUUGAUGUUUUCAAUAACUGACAUUAUUUCUUGACUGCAACUUUUUGGGUGAAAUAUUUUAACAUUACAAAACAGUAAAUAAUUGUGUUUUUUAACCAC